CCCUUCCUGUCUUACAGCUCAGGAAGUGGAGGCCAAAGCUGCCGCAUCGAGAUAUUUUCCCCUGAUUCAGUCCUGCUUGACUAAACAGGGGGAAGAACCAGGCAGAGAGAAGGCGGGAUUUGGGUAAAGCCGAGAGCAAACACAAAAGGAGAAGGAAAGUGACUGAGUACACUCCAACAGUCCAUUUGAGAAGUUAGGAUGGAAGCCAGCGUUGAUUCUCAGGAAACAGGGCAAACUCCCACUCUGGCAGCAGCAGCAGCAGCAGCACACAACACUUGUUCCAAGCCGUGUCGGCCCAGGCCUCCCGCUCCCGCGGUCAAGUCCUCCCAAAUCCCUUCCCGACCUCCUCUCCCUCCGCCCACUUUGAUGUGUAAAGCCGCCGCCCCGCCCGUCCCAUCUCUCCCACCGCCUCUCUCGCCGACCCCACACACCGUGUCUCCUUUGCUUCUCCUGGAGAGUUCCAUCAAAGCUGAGCGUGCUCCCUGCUUAGCUCCUCUUCCCUCAGCCCCAGCCCCAGCCCCAGCCCCAGCCCCAGCCCCAGCCCCAGCCCCAGCCCCAGCCCCAGCCCCAGCCCCAGCCCCAGCCCAGGCAGCGUCAGCCUCCUUCCCCUCGGCCCUGCCUUCUCCCCCUGACAUCUUACCAGUCUCGCCAACGCUGAGCCUUAUAGAUCUCUUGGUGGGGAGCACAUCUGUGUGGCUUACCAAAGGACUUAGCCAAGAGCAAAUCAGCAGGAUUCUGCAAGAGGAGGCUGCAGGGGUCUUUGUGGUUCAGAGCUCAGAGGAGCAAUGUAUGACGCUGUCGGUGCGCGAGCCCGAUGAGCAGGAAGUCGUGGCCAUCCGCGACCUGGAGGUCAAACAGCACAAGACGUUUCUUCACUUAGACGGUUCGGCUCUGCUCUUUGAUGACAUCUACAAACUCGUCUCCUUCUACUGUGUCAGCAGGGACAUCCUGGCUGCGCCGCUCAAACUCCCCCAAGGCAUUUCAAUGGCAACGGAGAAAGAGGAGCUGGAGAUCAUCUCUGCUAUGGGUGCAGACUUUUGGACAUCAGCUAUGAACCAGAGGACAACAAAGCAGAAUCUUCUGGAUCCCAACACGGUUCAUUUGUAUAUCAACCCCAUCACUCCGGCAGAGACACCAAGCGAGCAGCCAAAAGAAAUACUCAUCAACACCCCGAAAAGCAUCGUCUCCUACUUGCUCAAUGAAGAAUCCAAUCAGAAGGAAAAGACAGAGGUCAAGAGUCAGGUUCAGAGCACCUCAAAGCAGGACGCCAAAUUCAAGCGGCCUCCUCCCAGGCCCCCCAGUCUGGGACCACCGGGAUCGGGCUCCGGGAUGGGCCUGCUCUUCUCCACGGAAAAAAGCUUGUUUGCAGCUGAAAGGCUGGGGGCGGGGGACAAAGAAGACAGGAAGACAGCGCUGCUGACAUCACCUCCUCCAUCGAGACCUCCCGUCCCCUCCCUGCGUCCUGCUCCUCUGCGCCGCGCUUCCUCUGGCGACAAGGGCCCAAAAGCGCGGCCAGAGGAAGAGAAAACGUGCGCCCUGGCCCAGGGCGGAGAACUGUCAUGCACGCCAGGUGGAGAAAGCCAGGACAAAGAAGAGGACAAACGGGACGUUUUAGCCAAGAGAUCCGCUCGACCCGUACCUCAGCCAAGGAAGAAAGCGCCCUCGCCUGACAAUAGUGCCGCAAAAGUAGGCCCGGCGCAGAGGCCGGACGUGUCACUCUACUCUCCUCAAGGGGGCGCCGUGCUCGGAGCAGAUGGUGAUUCCUGCUCCAACAGCAGCACUGAAGAAGAAGAAGCAGGAGGAGGAGGAGGGGAGGCAAACCAGGAGCAAGAUCCAAACCACAAUAAGCUGUCCGAACACGGUGGCAGCAAAAUGACGCGGACGCCAACCACCGUCAUGUUGGGCAAAGCUCGUUCCCGCCUGUCUACUGUUAUUACCGGCCUCAUCAGCCACGACCGUCGCCUCUCGCAACGCAUCGUGGAGCUGGCUCGAGACCCGCUCGGCUAUUUUGGCAACCUGGUGAAAGACCACCGAGCGUUCACCCUCGAGACCAUGUCCAAGCACUCCACCUCCACCGAGCUCUUGCAAGAGAUCAGGCAGAUGAUGACUCAGUUGAAGAGUUACCUGCUGCAAAGUACCGAACUGCAGGCCAUGAUGGAGCCGCAGCACCAGUAUUCGCAAGACAAACUGGAGAGCAUCGUGGAAGUGGCUCUAUGUAAGAGCGUACUGAAGCCACUGAGGGAGCCCGUUUACGGCAGUCUGAAGAAGCUGCACACCGACAAUGGCAGUCUUAAGCAGCUGGCACACAACCAGUCUGCAGUUCUGGGCAGUACCACCACAGCUUUGGGAGUCACCACUGCCGUCCCAGAGGCCCCGGCGAUGGAGAAGAUUAGCGUUAAACUCAGUAAUCUGCAUCUUGAAUACUCUCCUCCAAAGAAGAUUGAGUUACUGCUGAAGGCCUGUAAAAUCAUCUAUGACUCCAUGUCUGUCAGCUCUCCAGGGCGGGCCCACGGAGCUGAUGACUUCCUGCCUGUAAUGAUCUACGUCCUGGCUAGAUGUAAUCUGUCCGAUUUAGUGCUGGACGUGGAAUACAUGAUGGAGUUGAUGGACCCCACACUAACAAUAGGAGAAGGCUCCUAUUAUUUGACCACCACGUACGGCGCUCUGGAGCACAUUAAGACUUUUGACCAGCACAAGUCAGCACCGUGUCAGUUGAGUCGGGAGAUUCAGGACUCCAUCCAGCGCUGGGAGAGACGACGCACACUCAACCAGGAAUGUUUGGAGCAAAGAUGUGUUCAGGAAUUCUUGACAGUGUGCUGUCCUGACAUUGGAAGUAACCCCAAAACCUUUGGCAUCCUUCCCACCAGCACAAUCCAAGAGCUGACUGAACAAUGUGCCGCACGUUUCGAUCGAGAUUCCCACAUCCUCAGCAUCUACGCGGACGGGCUUCGGCGGCCCCUGGCACCUACCGACUUGGCACUGAGUGUGAAGAACAAAUGUCAACCAGGAGCAUAUUGCUUCCUCUAUCACCCCGUGGACUAUCGCUCACCAGUUCAGCAGGCCUGGGUCGGGCGCACCUGCCCCGCCGUCCCGCCUCCGAGACCACCGCAAAGCGCGCUUCCCAACAUUUCCCAGACUGGAAAUUCACAAGAAGAGGCUUGUCUGAUUAGCUGGUGAUCGCUUCAAUAGCGCCGCAGCGGCAGCUACCGUUGGUGGACCGAAGAUUCGGUUCCACCUGCUGCCUGGAAGAAAUGCAUCUGUCAUAAUCCGUUCCCGCCGCUCUUUUAGGAAUAACAGAAGCUACGGAUGAGUCUUCAUUUUCAAUUCGCUACGGUUUGGCGAUUGCAGACAAAAGGCCGUGCGGAAAUUUGGCGCCGCUGUACCCUGCGUGGCUCAUUAUUCAAGUCCAUGCCCAAGCAAGCGUUCCAAACGACAAAACUUCCUGAAAAGCAAAUGAUUUGGUCAAAGAUGGACGUUUGUCUUGAGUCAGCCAAUGCUCAAAGAUAGGUAGGAGUAUGUGACAAAUGAUCUAGAGAUGGGGUCUGGAACUCCUUUUUGUAAAAGGCUGCAAUGCAAGCCUAUUGCUUUUGUCCACGUCGUUGAGGUUUCAUCCGGCUGACACUGCUUUUGGGGAUCAUCUCCAAAAGACAAUAAACAAUUGAAAAAAGGAGAACAAUUCA